GGUCACACCUAUGUAUUUGUCACAUUGUGGGCACUAUGAUGUUCUUUGUGGGCUGGGGAUAUAAGCAUGGCAGGCAAUCUGUGCCCCAAACAUGUGUUGUGUUGCAAAUGAUCCAACCAACACGUGCAGCGCUCCAAGUUUUCCACUGAACCAAUUUGCCCAACGAGAGGACCUCCUGUUCGUACUGAGCUGUGUCAUGCGUGGUCCUCGGGCUUCGCCGACCAAAUCCCAGGAACUUUUAGAUGUUGCGAUCUGGGACAUUCGCAUCAAACACUUCAUUUCGGCAGCCCGGGUAUAUGUACAUGUGACAGCGGUUGCUACAAUUGGUUUGGUGUGCGCAAUGUUCGCGCAGCCAACCUCCAUGCCACCCCUUCAAGUUUCAAUGGCCCUGUUGGGCUGGAUCCAGCAUCAUGUAGUUGCAACCGAGACACUGACGAUGAACAAAGCAAGGAUGAGGCUACUUGUGUUGCUUCACUACGUGCAGUGUGGUGCAUUUGUGUACGGGCUUCCUAGUGAUUGUGAACAUGCAAUUUUAACUUCAGCCUUGGUAUUGACCAUUCGCUUUACGAUAUCGCUUCUAUCUGCGGAUAUUGGAACUGCAGUGCCUGCGCAAGCUCUGUUCAUGAUGCAUGAGAUUUGGAUUGCGUGGAAACGUGAUCCAAGCACAGCAACCACGGUGUUCUGGUACCAGCUCAUCGCUUCUUCUGCCAUUUUGGCAGUCUCUGGCCUCGUGGAAUUUUCAACCCGCUCGCGUAUUGCUAUGCUGCUCAACUCCGAGUCCAUGGUGGUCAGUUUUCGACAGAUGCUCCGCGGCCUUUGUGAUGGUGAACUGCUGUUGGACGGCAAUUUGCGCGUCGUUGGGAAGGUGGAGUGUCUAAGGAGACUGCUGAUGACAUCAGAUGACUUCAGCAACCAAAGUUUUGAAGAGUUGCUGGUUGAAGAGGAAAGGCCUAGAUUUCUCCGCUUCAUGUUUGAAAACCUGGAAUCCACAAUGACUGGCGCCGAUGACAACAAACUCAUGAGUGCCCCUCCAUGUUUGAGGGUGUCUUUGAAAGGGGCUGGACAUCGGAUUGGUGUGGACUUGUUUCAUGUGAAGAUGCCACCAUUAUUUGGACAAGAAACAUAUCAUCUGGUUGCCCUCAGAGAAGACUCCGACUUCAGACAAGCUGCGGAGGCAUUUGCAGAGGCGGCGCCAGACUCAACUCCAGCGCUGCCGCAGAUUGAAGAGAAAGGAACGAAGACAGCUGGCGUUGGAUCUUCCGUGGCACGUUCUGAUCGUUCUGUACCGCAGGUGUCCUCGAACUCACUGAUCCAAAUCUGCCCAGAGUUGCAAGAAAUGACCUUGUUGGUGGAUGCCAGCACGCCCUUGCUGGACGUGGAACAGGCCCACCUGAGCUUCGUCCGACGUGGCGAUGAGUUCGACUGCAGCAUGCCUAGUUUGCGGCGCAUCGUGCGGCCCACAGACUGGGGCACUGUGCGUUCUGACCUGCGAGAGUUUGCUCUGACAGCUGGCAGUAUGCAGUCGGCCGCACAGCAGAAAGAUGUCCUGAAGACGAAGUUGAGGCUGCAAGAUGACGCCAAGAGGUGUGUGGAAGCUCGAGACGUCCAGGUGUCAGCUUUUUCGCCUCCGGCAUCCGCGGGCGGUAGCGAGCCGAUGCUCCGGAAGCUGUGCUUACAGAUCGGUGGCUUGAGAGUUGUGGACAAGCCGAAGCCUAGGUGUGAGCUGCAAGGUGUUCACGAGUGCCAGUCUGAUGAGAGUGAAGGCGAUCUCUCUGAAGUUUCAGCUCUUUGAGCAGCCAAGGGUCCCUUUUUUUUAGUAUCUCAAUCCCAAUAUCUUUUUGGGAUAUGAUGCUCUUUUGCGAGUGACAUUUCGGACCCUGCGCAUUCUAGUCAACAUUUGCUAAGCAGCUUGGUCAUAGAAAUGCUGCUCAUCCCUGUCUUUGGGCAGCCACGCGCCAACAUAUCCGCAAUCCUGGCUGGUUAACUUUCAAACAGCUAAUUCCUUGAGCAGAAUCUGCAAUGGCAUCAUCCAGCCGGAGCGGUUUAGCCUCCGAAGAAAAAGAGGGUUGAUCAGCUGGGUGUCCGCAGAUGGAUAGG